UCAGUAAAAUUAUUACAUAACAGUUCCGCACCACUUACAGUAUUCUGAAACCACAUUGUCCGUUUUAUAUUUAUGUGCAAGCUCAGCUAGCUAGUGCCUGUUUUGUGAUGGCUAGUAGUCAGUCAAGUUUCUCUGGUGCUGUGAAGCACGCUCUGGCGUGUAUCGGCAACAAAGACCUUGUUCUUAAGCCAAAGCAAGUGGAAGUGUUGGAGGCAGUCUACAAUGGCAGCGACACUUUCGUAUGGUUCCCUACUGGAUAUGGCAAAAGCCUUUGCUAUCAACUGCUGCCAUUCAUGUUGGACUUCAGGCGUGGCAGUACCGAAGCCCAAGACACACAUCGGUAUUGUGUAAUUGUAAUAUCACCUCUACUCGCUCUCAUGGUGGACCAGGUCUCCUCCUUACGCAGUCGAGGUGUGUCUGCUGCCAUAUUGUCUGGCAAUGCUGGUGUAGACAAGCAAUAUCUUGCUAGUGAGGCUGACUUUCUUACAGAGAGCUGCACACUCAUCGUUGAGGAUGUUGACGACCUUCUCAAUGAUGCACGCUUUCAAGGAUGGCUCUGAAAACACUGCCCUAGCGAUAGAGGGAGGGUGACCACCAGCCAGCGCUCGUGCAACCUUGCUGAAACUCUCUCUGAUCUCCUUGGUUACUGCUUCAGGCUUGGAAGGGGAGCUGACAGUUAUCUGCCAAUUUCAAUAAUUAGUUGUGCUGCUUCUGCAAUUUUCAGCUUCUAUAGAAGUGAUUAGGCAAGUCAUCUGGUUGAGUUUGGGUGGCUCCACAGACAGACGCCUGCCUCAAGUCACAAGGUGGUGCUCUCGCAGGAUCCUUAGGUCUGCCAUCAAAUUGUGAAGGCUAGCCUCCUUCCCGGCAAACCACCUGUACACCGCUUCGACAAGGGCUGGGACUGGAAGGUACCUGGUGACACUUCGGGCCCACUUGUGUUUUUCACCCUCUUCCGACCACUAUAAACUGUGGACUUAACCAAGCCUAUGGAAGACGCACUAGGACCAACAACAUGCCUACUAUCGUAACAAAGCUUCACAGAGGCAACAAACUUCUCUGCAAACAAAACCAUAUUGUGUUCGUACCAGCCCCACCCACCUAUGAAUAUCAUUAACUACACUGUAGGAUCAGAACAGACCAUAAAGGUGACAACACCACGGCAAUACUUGCUGAGUGGGCAGAAAACGUUAAGCUCGUGUACAAAUCGGUGGACUUGAAGUCAUCAGACGAGUGGCUGUAUCCGAACCUUGACCCCUUCGAGGAGCAUGACGAGAGGUUUGUCCAUGUUGCCCAGUUGAGACAGGAAGGUCUGGAGGCGGCCAGGCGUUCAGGGGCAGACUACCUCUUUCGGCUAGACUGUGACAACUUUCUGGUGAACAACAGGACACUACGGAUUCUGAUGGAUCAGCAAAGGGCAAUAGUGGCUCCGAUGCUAAAGUCGGGCAAGGAUGCUGCUUACUCCAACUUCUGGUGUGGAAUAGACAGCCGGGGCUACUACAAACGUACCCCUGACUAUAUCCCUAUCCUCCAAGGGACGCAGGUGGGCUGUAUCCCAGUCCCUGUGGUUCACUCCGCCCUCCUCGUUGACCUGAGGUGGGCGGGGUCAGAGAGGCUCCAACACUGGCCGGCACUGGACGGGUUCACUGGACCCAUGGAUGAGGUCACACACUUGGCAUACUCGGCAAAAAUGGCAGAUCUGCCUAUGCACAUUCUGAACACCGAGGUGUUGGGGUUCAUGGUCAAACCAGAGGACUAUGAGAGCCUGGACCACGCUGCUCAGGACUUCCUCAACUUUAAGCUGGAGAACCUUGUGGACCACCCCCUAUACUGCAUUAGUGUGCGUGUUGUCUCCCCCCACACAGUGGACCACCCCCCUAUACUGUACAGUCAGUACAUCUCCAGACCACCCCCUGUCAGAAACAACUUGGGGUUGGACGCGGUGGUCAUGAUUGGGCUAGUACGGAGGCCAGAAAGAAGGAACCGGAUGAUUUUAAGCCUGGACGAGCUCAACUUCAACUACACCCUCUUUGAUGCUGUCGAUGGAAGACAGUUGAAUCAGAGCUACCUGGACAGUAUGGGUAUCAAGUACCUACCUGGCUGGAAGGACCCUUGGAGAGAACGACCUAUGACCUUUGGAGAGGUCGGCUGUUUCCUUAGUCUCCACACGAUAUGGCAGCAGAUGAUGACGGAGGGUCUGGAUCAAAUCCUGAUUCUGGAGGAUGACGUCGUGUUUGAGCCCUACUUCCGACAUGACCUCACUAGAGUGCUGGAAGAGUCCAAUCGGAUCACACCAAACUGGGACCUCAUGGGAUGGUCUUCUUCACUGGGCCUGUGACCGUGGUAACCUGAACAUGGUGAAACUACUUGUGAAGAGGGGAGCAGAUGUUAAUAUUGAGGACACAGACAAUCAGACACCUCUUCAUUAUGCUGUGUCAUGUGAUCAUCAUGCUGUCAUCUCUUAUCUACUACAAGUGGGAUUCCUAUCUCAAGAUGUGAUUGAGAAUCAAGCACCUAUAUAAUUAUAUAGCCUCGAUUCCAGGCCGCACCUUUAGACAAACAAUUCAAUCUAGUUUCAGGUUAUUAAUUUUGCACAUUUCCCAUUAUUGACCAAUUAACUUUCAAGUUUUACAUGAUCAGAAUGUAA